AUGCUACGAAAAGUACUUUUAAACUGUUUUCAAAUCCAACAUCAAAAACAACUUAUAUCACCCGCUUGCUUUCAAAUAAACUCUUGUUUACUAUUGCUUACUCGCCAUUUACAAAAUAAUCAUAUUGUUAAAAUUGAUUAUGAUGAUCAUCGAUCAAUAUCACGUACAUUUGAAAAUAGUGCUUAUCAAUAUUUUUAUAAUAAACGCUUAGAUAAUUUUCAAGAUGAAACACGUUUAUCUCACAUUGUUCUUAAAAAUACAGAAUUGAUUUUAAUGAAAACAUUCAAUGAAAUAAUAACAAAAACGGUCAAUUCAAAAAAUAUAAAUGAUCUACUUUGUCAAUUGAAUAUGAAAGAAAAUGUUAAAAUGUAUGAUAAAUUAUCUUUAGAACAUUUAAAUGAUUUUUUAUUUUAUUCAUACGGUCAAGGAUUACGUUUACAAUCAUUAACGUCAAAACUUUUGAAACAUAUUCAAAAUCAAGAGAUUGAUACAAAUCAAGUUAAUAUUAUUGAACUUCUUGUAUUAUUAUUACUUCAUCGACAAUGGAUAUAUGCUGAUGGAAAUACAGUGGCGACUCAAACAUUACAAACGUUUGUCAAUAAAUUAGAAUCAAAAUUAACGUACGAUGAUAUUCAACAACUAACUACAUAUGAAUUAAGUCUAAUUUCAAGCGCUUAUUAUCGUUUUCAAGUACCAAUCAGAAAUCAACUUUUGAUCGAACGUUUAGCUAUGCUAUUGUUGAGUGAAACGUCUGAUCGACAGUCACUCAAAGCUGUUGAUAAACAAAAUUUUUUAAAAAUUUUAACAUUAUCAGGCUAUUCAGACGCUAGAAUAAGUGAGACAUUAUCAUCACGUUUCAACGAUUCUUAUGAACAACAUUCAUUACAUUCUGAUCAUGCUCUUCAUACAGAUGUUGUUAUACUGGCUAUGCGUUUAGGAUUAUAUUUAUCUUCGUUUAAUUAUUGGUCAUCAAGAUUUUAUAAAAAUUGUUUUCAACUAAUUGAAUAUGAAGCAGUACGUUUAAAGCAAAAAUCAUUUUCGUUAACUUCAAAUGAACAACAGUAUCGUUCAAAAGACAUGAUAAAAAUAAUGAAUACUUUAAUAAAUAUCGGUUACUGUUAUUAUAAGUCUAUUAAUAAUGAACAAUAUUACAAACAUUACCUUGAUCUCAUAGAGUUAUAUUCAAAAUCAGAUUAUUUUAAAGUAAAACCAGACCGUUUAGUGAAUGUACUGGCUCCGAUGGCUGAAAUUGGAUUAUUUCCAAAAUAUCUAUUGCAGUAUAUUUUUAAUAAUGAUGUUUUAUCAACAUUAAAAGAAUCAAAAAUGAAAGAAAAAUUAUAUUUUAUUGCUGAAUCAUACAAAGUUUUUCAUCCAAAUAUAACAUCAUCGUUACUCGAUCAAAAUUAUGUAAAUUCAUUACCAAAUCAUAUUUUUGGCAGUUGGAACAUAGAAAAAAAGAAACGAAAAAAUUAUCUAGCGAUUAUCAAUCAAUUAUAUUCAUGCGUCACAUCAAACACCUUUUUUGUUAAAAGUGCAUUUGUUCUGAAACAUUUUAAGUUACCAGAUAUUCUCAUUCGAUUAGACAAAAACAUGAUCCCACAAUUAUUAUCAAAAAGAGGUGUAGCAUUUUUCGAAGAAAACGAGCAUGAACAUACUACUUAUGCUAUACAAGUUUUGUCCCAUAAUGAAAUUUGCUCGAAUGAACGUCAUCGUCCCAUUGGAAUUAUUUGUGCAAAAGUAAUACAAUUGCAAAAAAUGGGUUAUGAACCAGUACUUAUUUAUCCUGAUGAAGAACUUCCAUCGGAUACAGCAAAUGUUGUUUUCGAUUGGAUUGUACAACGUGCUCAACAAACUAGAGCUAUGUUCUCUUAA